UGUUUAACUACGAAUAUAUAUGACAUAGAAACAAUCUAUAUACAAAUUAUUACUCAAUUUAUUUAUAUAAUAGAUGUAUAUAAUUGUGUAAUCUAAAUACUGAAUUGUAAUAUUAUUUGCACAAUGUACUUUUAUCACAUGUACUUGAUUCAUUUAUGGUUUAUGAAUUUAUGUUAUAAAUAAGUAACAUAAAAUAUAAGUCUUUAUAAAAGACAAUUAAAAUUUAUUGUUAAAUAUUGUUAAAAAAAAUAAAAAAAAUAAAAAUAUGAGUAGCAUAUGCUGUCGAUAUGUAAUAACGCGAAAUAGUUUUCUCCAUUGUCGAAGACAGGAUUUCAUUGUUACUUCAUUUUUUGUACCAUAUCUAUCUUCUAAACAAAUACGUUUUAAUUCUAAUUCUGUGAUACCAGUAAAACUAGCCUAUGUUUCCUAUGAAUCUAUGGGUGGAAAUAAAAAUGCUUCUAAGCAACCUAUAAUAAUAAUGCAUGGUCUUUUUGGUUCAAAAACUAAUUGGAAUUCGUUAUCAAAAACAAUUCAUCGGGAUACAAAUCGUAAGGUAAUAACUAUAGAUGCACGAAACCAUGGAGAUUCUCCACAUUCUUCAGACAUGACAUACAGUCAUAUGGCACAAGAUAUAGUUCAACUUAUGAAUGAUUUAGGAUUUGAGAAAUCUAUAUUAGUAGGACAUAGUAUGGGUGGUUCUGCGAUGAUGUAUGUAGCCUUAAAUUACCCACAAUUAGUAGAGAAAUUAAUAAUAGUUGAUAUGUCUCCGGUGAGAACUAGUCCCCAGCUCAUGAACAUGGAAAAGAUAUUCAAAGCAAUGCGCACAGUAAAUCUAGAAGGAGUCACAACAUUGACAAAGGCACGUACAAGUGUCAAAGAUCAACUAGCAAAUGCUAUUAAAUCUUUACCUUUACGUCAGUUUUUAGCAAUGAAUUUAGUAGAAGCAAAUAAUGGAAAAUUUAAAUGGCGGGUUAAUUUACCUGUGUUAGAGCAAAACUUCGCACAAAUAGCUGUAUUUCCAGAUGUAGGAUCAAGAGUGUAUAAUGGAUCAACACUGUUUAUGGGUGGUUCUAAAAGUGACUAUAUAAAAGUAGAAGAUCAUGAUAAAAUUAAAAAAUUAUUUCCUUCUGCUAGCUUUAUUUAUAUAAAUGAUGCAGAUCAUUGGGUGCAUGCAGAUAAGCCAACAGAAUUUUUAAAAACAACGAUUGAUUUCAUUAACCAGCCAUAAUUUAUUAUCAUUUUACAUGUGAAAAAUACACAAUAUCUUUUGUAAAUAUA